AUGCAUGCCAGAUCUGCGGACUUUGAUUUUGAUCCGAGUGAUGCAUUGAAAGAAACUUCCUCAGUAAAGCAGAGAUGGGACCAUGUCACUACCACAACCAAGAGGCCUGGAACGACCAGAGCUCCGGCAAAGCCUGCAGGUGAUGAUUUUGACUUGGCUGAUGCUUUGGGUGAUCGAGAUGAUGGCCGCAGAAAGCCAGGUGCAGGAGGAGGAGAGAGAUGGGACCAUGUCACUACCACAACCAAGAGGCCUGGAACGACCAGAGCUCCGGCAAAGCCUGCAGUUGAUGAUUUUGACUUGGCUGAUGCCUUGGAUGAUCGAAAUGAUCGAGAUGAUGGCCGCAGGAAGCCAAGUGCAGGAGGAGGAGGUUUUUCGGACAAGGAUCUCGAAGACGUAUUAGGGGGUGGUGACUACAAACCAGACAAGGGUAGAGGUGAUGGCCGGUAUGGCAACAAUGAUGACUCUGAAGCUGGAAUGUCACCAGAGACUGGCACCAUUGCCGGUGUGGCCAGUGCCCUGGCCAUGGCCCUGAUUGGCGCCGUCACCAGCUACAUCUCCUACCAGCAGAAGAAGUUCUGCUUCCGCAUCCAGCAUGCAGCAGAAGGUCAAGAGGGUCUCAAUGCAGACUACGUGAAGGGAGAGAACCUGGAAGCUGUUGUGUGUGAAGAACCUCAAGUGAAAUGCUUAGAACUGCCACCACAGUCCGCAGAGCCACCGCAGCCCCAGCCGCCUCGGAUCUGAGGGUCCCUUGCAGCAGCCGCUCACAGUGGUCCUGCCACUGAGGACCAAGAUCCUGAUUUCAUUUGGACCCGCAGCUGCUGUACUGUUCCUUUGAUAUCAUUGGCUUCUCGUUGUUCUUAAGUUUUCUGGAUGAGCUCUUGGUGUUUGUGAGUUUGGUUUCUGUGCCCUGCAGACAGGCUGGUGGUGCCCUCCCUGCCACAGAUACCCUGAAAUCCAGCCGUGGGAGCUGCUGGGUCACCCACUCCCCAAAACUAGACAAUCCCAGGCCUUAGUGAGCUGGGGAGGGGGACCAAGCUGAGGGAGGCCAAGAGGACAUUUGUGCUUAGGGGACAAGAUAUUGACCACAGGGUAGUGUGGUUCCUGACUCAUUGGCGGGUUUCUGCCAAAAGGCAGCCCUAGUGUGACCUCAGAGAACAAUCAGGGGCCCAGCUAACAGACGGUGCUUAGAGCCCCUGCAAGGAAUGAACCAGUGAACACCAGGUAACACUGGGCACACACGACACCCAGGGUGGAGGUGGGGGGUCAUUUCUGUCCUUUCCAAUUCCAGCUUUGACACUCACUGCUGGGCUUCCAGAGAGCUGGUCCAUGUGGAGACUUUACAUUUUACAUUUAUUUAAUUGCAAAAAUGCAUGCCAUGCUAGUCCUGCCCUCAGAGUUUAGGAAUUUUCUAGACAAGUACAAGCUGUGACUCUCAAGUCUAAUUCCCAUCUGAUUCCAUAGGGGGCUGGAUGUGGUCUUCAGGCUGACAUGAUUAGUUUUUAGGAAUCAUUUAUGUAUUAGAAAUGAAUUUAUCCCCCUUCCUCUUGUGUUCUUAUUUGGUAGCAAAAGAUACAGACAUCAAGAAUGAGUAUCAAAGCCAGAAGCAUGCUUGUUGUUUGCUUAGAAAUAUAUUUGAGGGGGAGGGGAGGGGAGAAGAGGGGAGGGAUGUUUGCUUGGUUUAGUGACAUAUGCCUGCCUUGGCAAGUUUAUAGAUAUACUGUCUGGUCUGUUGAUGAUGAGCACUGGGGGCUUGCUCACUGUGGGAAACACCAGAACCCAGGGACUGGCUCCUCACUUGACCUGGCACUAUCUUAUUUGGGCUGGAGCAGAGCUGACUUCCUGGAAUGUUCUCUUUGGCCCACAUGUGGUCCUGUUUCUGGGAGCUCUGCUGUCAGAGGCUGAGCUAGAGUAUAGAGUCACUGUCUACUGAUAAUAAGUUUGGAGUGUCAAAAGUCACUCCCUGAGAACAUAAUGAAGGUCAGCAGGAAGAUAGGCUCCUAUUUACACAAGUUCAUGUGCCUCUGCCCUGCACAGGAGGCCCCACCAGUCUCCCAGGCUCUAUGUUAGCUCCUUGUCUGCUGAGCUGGGAGAGCCGACUCCAACUUAAGGAAACAGUUGAAAUCUGAACAGACCCCAUAGGUUAUCUAAUGCAUGCCUCAUGUGUUCAUUUAUGCACUUGUUUUAAAAACAUACUCCGUUGUGUGAUGGUAAUCAGUUCAGUUGGAUUGUGUGGCUCAGUGCUGCCCUUCGGAUCCAUUCCCAGUGCAGGCCUGCGGGUCCUAAAAUGCCUUCUGUGUGGGGGUACCUCCCAGUCAGGCCAGGGGUAUGUGUCUUUGAGGGGGCGUGGAGCACUGAGGACACUGGAGGAAGGAAAAUCUGGCCUCCCCAUGUUCCAAGAGAUUGAGCAGGGGAGGCAUUGCUUGCAAGGUAUGCCUUUUUCUAACACCUCCCAGCCCUCACUAGCCAGAUUGUUGUCAACUUUGCUCGGCUUCCCCGUCCCAACGAUGACAAGAGCUGAUGGCCUGAAUCCCUGGCCAGUGCUGGGCUGGAGGCAGCUAUGAAGGAUUUUUGCAUCUAUGGCUUGUUGCUACGUAGAUAGAUUGACCUCAGGACCCAGGAACAGCCAGUGUCCUAAGGACAGGAGUCAGAGAGGGAUUGUGUUAGGAUGUCUGAGCACCAAGGCCCUCCUGAGGCCUUUAACGGGGAAAAAAAGGGCCAGCGUUUGCAUGUGAUUAAAUACUCUCUCCCUGCCACUGGGAACUGUGGACAUUUUAUAGAGAAGUCAGUCACAGCAGUGAGUAGGAUGAGGAGUGAUGUGGCCUGUAUGGCCCCUGGCAUGGCGAGGAUUUGCACUGGAAUUAGUUGGGUUUCUCCCCUUAGCUUUAACCUGAGGCUUGUGAUGGCAAAGAACUUGCACCCCUCCAUCUGGGAUGAGAAGUCAACACGCUCUGUAAAGCCACAUUCUGAGCAGCACUGACUUCAGUUGCCAAACCCAUUUUGUUCCUCCCUAGCUCUCGGGGUGCCUUCUGCAGAAUGAGUGCUCAAACCUGCUGCUAGUGGCUGGCCAAGCCUGGAAAGUCACUCAGCCACCCAUUUGCAGAGCUGUCAACCCAGGUGGAGUACUGAUACCUGCAGAAGCCUAUGGGGCUUUUGUAACUAUGUGAUUAUCUGAAAGUUGCAUUGGCUGGUGUGGGCCUCUCUCAGAUGAUAAGGGAGAUAAAGUGAGUGAAUUAGAAGGGCCAGUUGAAAAGAGCCAAUCCGUAUCAGCUUAACGUGGUGGGCAGGUUGGGGGGGGGGCAGGGGAGGAGAGCUGGCUCAGUGUUAUUAACAGCACGUGGAGGAAGGAGACAUGGCAGCUUUGUGGGGUGGAAUACCCUCUCAGGUCGGACCCAUAGAACAGUGCCAGCCCACUGCCUUGGCUACUUGGGUUGGGAGUUAGUAUCAGUUCUCUGAGGAAGAAGAAAUAGAGACUGAUCAAGUCCCCAGUACUUUUUAUGUGCUUGUAUUUAAGAGUGAAUUGUAAACUGUCUCGUCUUUGCAUUAAACAAAAUGGAACCUAA